AUGGCCGCCUCCAUGGCCCGCAGCGUGAGCGCCCGGGUCCUGUUACGGGCGGCCGGGGGAUCUUGGGGACCCAGGGCCGGGCACGUGGCUGUAACAUCUAGGACGUUCGGAACUACAGGCGAGCGGCAUGCUGGCGAGCACGAGGUGGACGGCCCGGAGGUGCCCUGGGAUGUGGUCAACGUGGUGUUCGUGGACCGCUCUGGCAAGCGGAUCCCGGUGAGGGGCAGAGUCGGGGACAAUGUUCUGUACCUGGCCCAGCGCCACAGGGUGGACCUGGAAGGGGCCUGCGAAGCAUCUCUGGCCUGUUCCACCUGCCAUGUGUACGUGAGUGAGGCCCACCUGAAUCUCCUGCCUCCUCCUGAGGAGAGGGAGGACGACAUGUUGGACAUGGCUCCACUGCUCCAGGAGAACUCGAGGCUGGGCUGCCAGAUUGUGCUGACCCCUGAGCUGGAAGGAGUCCAGUUUACUCUUCCCAAGAUCACCAGGAACUUCUAUGUGGAUGGCCACAUUCCCAAGCCCCACUGA